CCCUUGGGCGACUAAACAGUCCGCACGAUGGGGCCUGGGCUGCUGCUGCGCGUGCGCGGGCUGCUGGGGGUUCCUGGGCUGAGGCUGGGGUCCGGGGCCAGGGCGUUCAGCGAGCGGGGGAAUGGCCUCCUGUUGCGCCAGUUGUUCGAACCCCAGAGCUGUACCUACACGUACCUGCUGGCCGACCAGGCUGCCAGGGAAGCCCUGCUCAUCGACCCCGUGCUGGAGACGGCCUCCAGGGAUGCCCAGCUAGUGCGGGAGCUGGGCCUGCGCCUCCUCUAUGCCGUCAACACCCACUGCCAUGCGGACCAUGUCACCGGCACCGGCGUCCUCCGCUCCCUCUUUCCGGGGUGCAAAUCUGUCAUCUCCCGCCUCAGCGGGGCCAAGGCCGACCUGCUCAUUGAGGAGGGGGAUGUGCUCACCUUUGGGCGCUUCGCCCUGGAGACACUGGCCAGCCCCGGCCACACCGAUGGCUGCCUGACUUUUGUCCUGAGUGACCACAGCGCAGCCUUCACCGGGGACGCCCUGCUCAUCCGGGGAUGCGGACGCACAGACUUCCAGCAAGGCUGUGCCAAGACCCUGUACCACUCCGUGCACCAGAAGAUCUUCACCCUUCCCGGGGACUGCCUCAUCUACCCAGCUCAUGACUACCUAGGGCAGACGGUGUCCACUGUGGAAGAAGAGCGGACCCUGAACCCGCGCCUCACCCUCAGCUGCCAGGACUUCGUCAGGGUCAUGAACAACCUCAACCUGCCCAGGCCCCAGCAGAUGGACGUCGCCAUCCCAGCCAACAUGCGCUGCGGAGUCCAGGAGCCGUCGGGCUGACUGCCCCAUUGAGGCCCCAGCGAGGCCGCGAUGGAGCUUCUCAUUUCCGUUAAUAAAAACUUCUUUUGCCUAAA